AGCCGGCCGUUAGCUGAGAUUUGUUUUUACCGUAAACUUUAAUUCUUGACUGCUAACGGUACACACGUUAUGUUUAAUUUGAUUCAUGGUAACGUUGUUUUCAGAUGUUAUACACUAAUGCCGUGCUUUAUUGUUGGAUCUUUUAGAUUAAUAAACUGCGCACAAUUGAAUAAAAUCGGAAAUCCAGUUCGGUAGCUAUCGACCGAGCUUAAGCUAAGGUUCACUAGCGUUAGCCUAUCGAGUACAUCCGUCUGCGUGAGGUCAAAGGUCAACAACAAACAUGUCAGCGAGCAGUUUGUCAUCGUUACAUAUUUCAUCUGCCUUCAGGUAGAGAACAUCUCGUCAUCAGUCAGUAGGAGUCACGCAAUAACAAUAACGUUAGUGCAGUUGAGUAGCUGCUCCGUAAUGGCUUCUUCAGUGAGUCCGUCAUUACGGUCACCUGUCAGACUGAGUGUGUACCUGUGCUCGAGGACAAGCAGGACGCUCUCUGCAAACGGUCGUUUGGGUCAAAGGAGGUCGUGUCCACGACCAGGUGAAGGUGCAGCGCUGUGCAGACAAACCGUCUCUCCCCAGUGGAACGGGACCCGAGAGUUCUUCUCCCGUGGCGGCGGCGGCGGCGGCUCAGCCGAGGGUCAGAAGACCCUGGCCGACAUCGCAGAGGGCAUCAGAGAGCGGCGGUACGCGAAGGUGGUGGUGAUGGCCGGAGCCGGGAUCAGCACGGCGAGCGGCAUCCCGGAUUUCAGGUCUCCAGGCAGCGGUCUCUAUGACAACCUGCAGCAGUACGACCUGCCCUACGCGGAGGCCAUAUUCGAGCUCCGCUUCUUCCACCAUAACCCCAGACCCUUCUUCGCCCUGGCCAAAGAGCUCUACCCGGGGAACUACCGGCCCAAUGUGACCCAUUAUUUUGUGCGGCUGCUGCACGAGAAGAGUCAGCUCCUCCGGAUGUACACGCAGAACAUCGACGGGCUGGAAAGACUGGCGGGGAUUCCUCCUGAGAUGUUGGUGGAGGCUCACGGAACGUUCGCCACGGCAACCUGCACCGUCUGUCUGAGGGAACACCAGGGGGAGGAGCUCCGAGCGGACGUGAUGAGCGGGACGGUCCCACAGUGUCCCACCUGUAGAGGCGUGGUGAAGCCCGACAUCGUGUUCUUCGGGGAGGAGCUUCCACGUCACUUCUUCAAGUACCUCACGGACUUCCCGCGGGCCGACCUGCUGGUCGUCAUGGGAACGUCGUUGGAGGUGGAGCCGUUCGCCAGUCUGGCCGGAGCGGUGGGCGGCUCCGUUCCCCGUCUGCUCAUCAACCGGGACCCGGUGGGUCCGUUCGCCGGGCGCCACCGCGCCCGCGACGUGGUGCGACUGGGCGACGUGGUCGAAGGCGUGCGAGCCCUGGUCGACGCCCUCGGCUGGACCCGCGAGCUGGACGCUCUGAUGGCCGCCGCUGCUCUGAAAGUGUGUGUGUGUGUGUGUGUUGUGGUUACAGCUCUUCCACGUGAGAGUUCCCAUGAGCCUCUUGGCUUAGUGAAAACCAAACACGAGGCGAGCAGCCGAGCUGAUGAGGUCACUCGUGGUGUUUUGUGCUUUUAUCCGCAGGCUGCAACAAAGACGGAAGAGUGACGAUUUCCAGCAACCAAACCGGAGGUUUGAUCUCAUUCAGUCAGGCUGACGAAAAAACCGCCUGAAUGUCGACUGUAAAGGGUGAAGACGUGGAUCUCUGUUGAAUUACAGGAAACUCACAGACGGCUAAUAAGAAACUUAGAUUUAUUCUCUUCUCAUAUCAGCAGCAUGCAGGUGAGUGAUGACGUAACAGUAAGACAGAUGUGCAGUAUUACAUUUGAUUGUUUUCACCUGUGAGUCAAACAGCCUCCGCGACAACGUUCGUUUGUAUGGAGUCAAUUUUUAUGUCUUCAUUUGAAUUAUUAUGAAGAAGGGCGAUGUGCUGGUUAAAUACUGUAGAAGUAUUGAAAUGUCAACCCGGGUUUAAAUACAUACGGGAACCAUAUUCAGAACCUUUGCCUCUUUAAUGAGCCGCCAUGAUCAAAACUAUCUAAUAAACAGUUUGAAACAUAAGCCGUCUGAAAUGCGUCCAUAUAUAUUUGUGUUGCCAGUGAGUGACAUCAGCUGACAGGAAGUAAACAUAAACCCUCGCUGUUGCCUGGCAACGUAAUUCAGUUAAAAUGCACCAAAAGAUGAACACAGGAUGUGUAUUUAGACUGACAAUUAAUCGUUUUUGAACGUUCUAGGAUGAAAACAUGUUGUAUUAGAAAGUGUGAAGCUGAACAAUUUAUGUUUAAUAAAUUUAAAUAUUUACGGUGGGGAAAUGAAGGAGAA